UUAGUCUCCUGUCUAUUAACUUAUUUCGCUGCGCGAAAGCAUUUUCUCUUCCUGCUGGCACACGAGAAUAGACCGCGGAAGUAAGGCCCGUUACACGCUUCAAAGGAAUAGGAACAGAUAUAAGAUUUAACAUAAGUUAGUAUGUGUAUACCUAUGAAGAACAGGAACAGACACAAGACACAAGGAACAGCGCGCUGUUCCUCAUAUAUAUAGAUAUACGGAGGGCAACGAAUGCAUAACGUGUAUUACCUCGAUUCAUAACCUCGUAAUGGCUAAUGUUUUGUGAACGAACAAUUGUCGGAGAUUAUUGUUUAUACUGCGAUACUGCGAUUAAUAGCAAGUAAUAACGUUACAAAAAGACGUUAUAAAAAGUUUUUGCAAAGCGGGAAAUUUGCUGACGUUUCGCAAGAUACACUUAGAAGAGCAUUCAUUAAAAAAUGUAGAAUGGGAAAUAUUUUUUUGCAAAAAAAUACCAAUGAUUCAACAAAGGCUGAGGAUGCUGGUUUGAAUACUAAAAACAGUAAUUGUAUUGUAAAAUGUGACGAACAGGAAGGAGAAAGUAAAUGCAUUAGUUUUGAUAACAGUUAUGAAGCAGUAGAUAAUACGCAGGACAAUUCAAUGGAUAUGGUUAGAUGUAUACACGAUGAAUCAACACAAUGGGAAGUGCGUGUAGAUGGCGAUUCAAGCGACACUGACAAUGGUGAAUGCAAAGCAGAUUAUUCAAACAAAAAGUUAUUAAAAACUAGUAACUUUAAUGAUCUUCUAAGUAAUCCAAAAUUUUUAGAAACUAUUACAACUUCAGUAGAUAAAAGCCCAGGCGAAAUAUUCUUGAUACUUUUAAAGUUAACAUUAUUACAUAAACUUCCAUUGAGUUGCACUAGUGAUUUAUUUCGCUUAGUAAAUUGUAUAUUUAAAGAAUCAGUAUUACCAGAGACUUCUUAUAUGCUCGAUAAAAUUCUUAAUACUAAAACAAAUAUUGAAUUUUUUGGCAUUUGUCCAAAUUGUGAAAUAUGUGUAGGAAAAAUUGAGACAUUCAAAAGCUCAGUGGAAUGUGAUAUUUGCUCAUUUAAUAUUGAUUUGUUUAAGCCAUCUUUAGAAAAUAUUUUUUUGAUAAUUGAUCCAUCAGAAGAUAUAACAAAUUCUAUUAAUCUUCACAGUAGGUUUUAUAAUUAUGUUGUAAAUGAAAGAAAGUAUGAUGGAUCGAUCAAAGAUAUUUAUGACGGGAAAUUGUAUCGAGAAUUUGUUAGCAAUUUACAACAAAAUGAUAGAAGCUCGUAUGUAACUGCAAUUUUGAAUACAGAUGGAGCACCAACAUUUGAAUGUUCAAAAUAUUCCAUUUGGCCAAUAUAUAUACAGAUAAAUGAAAUACCUAUAGCAGCCAGACUUAAAAGUUCGAUAGUAUGCGGAAUGUGGUUUGGUAAAAAGAAACCACCAAUGAACAGUUUUUUGCAACCUUUAGUUAAUAAACUAAACGAACUGUCCAUUAACGGAAUUGAAUGUAAUAUAAAUAAUGUACCACGUCACAUAACAUUACAUGUCUUAAUUAUAUGCGUUGAUUCUGUAGCUAGAGCUCCUAUGCAAUGUCACAAGCAAUUUAAUGGCAAGUAUGGUUGCUCUUGGUGCUUACAUCCAGGUGAAUGGUUUGAAGGAAGCAUGCGUUAUCCAAUUUUAGUUUAUUAUCCAAAAGAAAGAAGACAAGAACAAACUGUACGGUUUAUGGAGAUUGUAACUGAGAAUGAAGAUGUUCAAGAUUGUUAUGGUGUUAAAGGCGUAUCACCUUUAAUAAAUCUGAACAGUUUUGAUAUCGUCAGCGGUUUUGUGCCUGACUAUAUGCAUUGCUACUUAGCUGGUGUGGGAAAACAAAUUACAGAAUGCAUUCUCCAAAAACUAUCAAUCGAAGUUAUUGUUGUUGAUAAAAUUUUAAAAAGCAUACUAGUUCCUCAACAAUUAGCGCGUUUUAGUAGGCCACUUAGCGAUAGGAAUGAUUGGAAAGCUAAAGAGUGGGAAAAAUUUAUUUUACAUUACAGUAUUCCUUUAUUUAAAUAUUUAUUAGAAGACGAAAUAGUUGAGUAUUGGACAUUAUUAGUCGAUAGUUUAUACAUCUUAUUAAAAGAUUGUAUUACAAUGGAGGAACUUGACAAUGCUGAUCGAAUGCUUCAUGAAUUUAACCUCAAACGGAAAAACUUUUUACUAAAAAAGCAAUGACGUUUAAUGUACAUCAACUACUGCAUAUCUCAGCAAGUGUGUACAAUUGGGGACCUCUUUGGUCUCACUCCACGUUUCCAUUCGAAUCUGCUAACCAUCAUUUACUUCAAACGAUACACUGUGCCAAUGGGGUCAAUUUACAAAUUGUUCGAUAUUUAAAUUAUCAAAAAUGUUUAAACAUUCUAGAAAAUCGUAUAUAUCCGCAUGCAUCUCCAAAAGUUAUUCAAUUUUGUAAAGAUAUUUCACAAAAAAGAAUCCACAAAAGUUAUAAAAUACAAAAUGUAACAUAUUUAGGAAAUACUUCAUUCAUAGACUAUCAACUUUUGGAAAACUUGUAUCUAUCUAAAAGAUCUGCAAUAUAUACAAGAGCUGUUAUAAACGGUUGCCUAUAUGCAGCUGAAAAUAAGCGAAAUAAACGUUGUAAUAAUAGUUACUGUCAAUUAGUUGAUGGAACUUUUAGAAAAAUAUUGUACUUUGUUAUUGAUGAUGAGAGUAAGAAAGAAUUAAUUUUAUGUUAUCGGCUACGCAAUGUAAAUAAAAUAAGUAAUUCAAUUUUUUCAUUUGACUCCAUAUUAAGUGACAUAACAGUAACAAAAGUUGAAGAUAUAAAAAUAAUUUGUGUUUUUUUAUGUAUCGGAAAUGUAAAUUAUAUUUCAGUAGUACCAAAUGUGCAUCAUUACUAAUGUUUCAUACGUCAAAAGCAAAUUUUGUAGUUUGUAAGAAACACUGUUUCUAGAAAUAAAAUAUUUGUAACAUUUAAAAAUUUGUAAAUAAAAAUAUUUUGAUAUUUUCUA